AUGGAAGAAUUCCGCCAAACAGUCGAAUCCCAAGUUGUUUCUCUUUCCGCCCUAGAUUCGUAUGCGUCGGUGAUCAAUACGCAAGUCAUCCUGUUCUACGAAAAUGAAAGCGCAACUCCUGACUUUAUGCCAGCUCACCAGCUCAAGGAAGGAUUUUACAAGACACUAAAACAGUUCCCUACGCUUGCCGGAUAUUUUCGCCAGAAGCCGGAUAAUGGGCUCGAGAUUGUGAUUGACAAAGACGAUCUCAACCUUCCCGAGUACCGAGAGUCCACAUCAGACAUCCACUUCGACAGUCUCGAUGGGCUAAUGAGCGCCGGCGUAGUCCCGAUUCCCAGUAGUUCCAGUGAUAGGAUUAAGCUCGCAAAUGUGCAUAUAGUUCGACUGAAGGAUAACAGCGGCGUUGCCAUGUUUAUCAGCAUCAUCCACGCCAUUGGCGACGGCACAGGGUUCUACGUAUUCUGGAUGGCAUGGCUGUCGCUGAACACACGCAAUAAGCUAAUGGACAGGGUCAUUACUGGGGCUGGGUGGCAAGGCAGCCUGUACAAGAUCAACCGAGCCAAGCUUGAUUCGCUUCGCACUGAAGUCUCAAAGCAUAUUCCGGAUGGAGAGCGCAUCUCCAACAACGAUGUCCUUUCGGCACUGAUUGCGAAGACCCUGGCUCAGUCGGAGCAAAGGUUUCCUAUCGCCUGCGACAGCCGCAUGCGUCUCGGGAUAUCGCACUUGAACUACGUGGGUAACGCCCAGUUCCUUCCUGCGUUUUCCGUACCCAUCGAGCAAUCCGAGUCGCCAACAACGCCUGGCUCGCUGGCCGAGAUUGCACGCCUGGUGCGGGAGGUAGUCAAUUCGGCCGACGCUGAGCACAUCGCGUCGUACUUCGACACGCUCUACAAUGAACCAUCGUCGUAUACGCGGCCCCAGUCGCGGUUCGGGCUGUACAGCGCGGACUUCGGUCGUGGAGCGCCGGCAUUUGCCACAACGCGGCCGAACCGCGUUGCUGAGGCGGUUUCGAUUCUGCCCGACCGUCCACCAAGCAAGGACUUGUAUGUCAGCUUCACCAACACAGCGCAGAUGCUGGAGCUGAUCCGGACCAACAAGUUUUGGAGCGACUUUGCAGAGUUUGUUUACUGA